GAAAAAUAUCGAAAAGCUACAGCUUAGGGUUAUUGCCUCUUCACCAUGGACGAGAACGCCUACAGAGGAUUCGAGAGUGAGGCUGCUAGAAAGGAAACUAUCGACAAGUACGAAGACAAGCCCCGAACUAUGAUUUCUGUGGAGGGAUACGACACUUGUCUGCCAGAGGAUGAUAUCAAGAGUGCAUUGAUUAAUCACUUCAAUUCAUGCGGCGAAGUCUUUAAUGUUAUUGUUCGCAAAGACCCUGAUCAUAGCCCUAAUCUCGACAGACGUGCUUUGGUUAUUCUUCUCGGAGAAGGCGCAGAAGAGAAGGCCUUGCAACUUAAUGGAACUGACAUUGGUGGAUGGAAGGCUCUUGUUAAAGUUGAACCGGAGGAGGAAGUAGACGAGGAGGCACUACUUUAUCUAUCCUCUCUUACUGACCAAAUAUAUAAUGACCGCAGAUUUUGGUUUGGCGUUGCCGUUAGGGGAUAUGACACUUCCCUUCCUGCAGAUGAAGUCGAGAGCGCUUUGAUGAAACACUUCUCUUCCUGUGGAGAGAUCACCCAUGUUUUUGUCUCUACUCUCGAUAAGAAGACUAAUAUCUAUUUUCUCCAAAAAGAAGGAGAAGCUAGGGCGCUGGAUCUUUCUGGAACUGAAGUGGGAGGUUCUAAAAUAGCUGUUUGUCGCUUAGCUACAAUCUUCACUAACAAACCCCCUCCCCUCGGUCAAAUUCGUUACGGCUACUGUGUCCCAGCUCAUAUGAUUGAGUUUGCCCGCGAGAUCCAACACAAGGUCGAUGCUUUUAAGGCUUCUAAGAAGCUGAGGAGGUCUAUCUAGAAAUCUCUCUCCCUCUCUCUCUCUCUCUCUCUCUCAAGAAUCACUGUCUUUGGUGUUUAAUAAUUAAUAAUUCGUGCGUGUGAGAUUAUACAAUGCAACCUUGGGGCUUUCUUAUUUAUGUUUAAUUUCAGAGCUCAUUAUGUAUGUAUGAUGAGCCGUUUGUGUGUGGAUGAUAAACCUACUCUUCAUAAUUUACUUUUAUUA